AUUCUUAUGUGCUAUUGAUUUUCUGUAGGGCGGUUUUUUGAAGUCCUUAUUGGUGUUAGACCAGAGCCAUUGUGGAAGUUGCUCAGUCAAAUUGGAGUGCUGUAUGCAAUGGAGCCACUUUUAACCGUUAUUUUUGUUGUAAACAUGAACACUGUAUGGGAGAAAGUUAUGUCAACUCUUAGAGCUCAGAUCUUUGGCAGAAUAUUGAUUCAAAAGGUUGAAUUUUUCGACAAAUACAAGGUUGGAGAACUCACUGGUUUGUUAACAUCUGAUCUGGGUUCCCUUAAAGAUAUUGUGAGCGAGAAUGUCUCAAGGGAUCGCGGUUUCAGGGCAUUAUCUGAGGUCAUUGGGACAAUAUUCAUUCUUUUUUCUUUAUCCCCUCAGCUAGCCCCACUUCUUGGUAUUCUGAUGCUCACGGUUUCUGUCUCAGUCGCUGUCUACAAGAGAUCAACAUUUCCUGUUUUCAAAGCACAUGGGUUGGCCCAAGCAUCAAUAGCUGAUUGUGUAUCAGAAACAUUCUCUGCUAUUCGAACAGUAAGAUCUUUUGGUGGUGAAAAGCGGCAGAUGUUUACAUUUGCUAAACAGGUUCUGUCUUUCCAGUCAAGUGGGAUAAAGCUUGGUACUUUCAAAUCAUUUAAUGAAUCUAUGACCAGGGUUGCUGUUUAUAUCUCUUUGAUUUCAUUAUAUUGUCUUGGAGGGAACAAAGUUAAGGCGGGUGAGCUCUCUGUCGGAGCUAUGGCAUCUUUUAUUGGAUAUACUUUCACUUUAACAUUUGCUGUUCAAGGACUGGUUAAUACCUUUGGGGAUCUUCGAGGAGCUUUUGCGGCCGUUGACAGGAUCAACUCUGUUUUAUCUGGAGUUCAAGUUGAUGAUUCUCUUGCCUAUGGCUUAGAAAGAGAACUAAGGCAACAGAAAGCAGUGGAUGAUGAGAAAUAUAAAUUAUUCUUCUCUAAUAGUUCAACUGAGAAAAACCAAAUGCAUUACAUGUCGGCACUAAAAACAUCUAGCAAUUUGUUUAGCUUGGCUUGGUCUGGAGAUGUUUGUCUUGAAGAUGUCUAUUUCUCUUAUCCUUUAAGGCCAGAUGUGGAAAUCUUACGUGGGUUAAAUUUAAAACUAAAUUGUGGAACUGUAACUGCACUGGUAGGUUCUAGUGGCGCAGGCAAAAGUACCAUAGUGCAGCUAUUGGCUAGAUUCUAUGAGCCAGCAAGAGGUUGCAUAACGGUUGCGGGAGAGGAUGUAAGAACAUUUGACAAGAGCGAAUGGGCCCGGGUUGUCUCUAUUGUAAAUCAAGAGCCUGUUCUCUUCUCGGUGUCGGUUGGAGAAAAUAUUGCAUAUGGUCUUCCAGAUGAGAAUGUUUCUAAGGAGGAUGUCAUUAAGGCAGCAAAAGCUGCCAAUGCUCAUGAUUUUAUCAUCUCACUUCCACAGGGCUAUGAUACACUUGUCGGUGAGCGUGGAGGCCUAUUGAGUGGAGGACAGAGGCAGAGAAUCGCCAUAGCCCGAGCUAUCUUAAAGAAUGCUCCAAUCCUUAUACUGGACGAGGCCACGAGUGCGCUGGAUGCUGUCAGCGAGCGGCUGGUACAAGAAGCUCUCAACCAUUUGAUGAAAGGGAGGACGACACUAGUUAUAGCUCAUCGAUUAAGCACGGUUCAAAAUGCUCAUCAAAUUGCGCUUUGUUCCGAAGGGAGGAUCGCGGAACUAGGCACACAUUUUGAGCUAUUGGCUAAGAAGGGCCAAUAUGCUUCCCUGGUUAGCACUCAGAGGCUUGCAUUUGAAUGAAAUUAUGCUAUGAUAGUCUUAGUCACACAAGAUAGUCAUGCUUGUGACGUGAAGAUGCAUUUUUUUUGUUGGCUGGCCAAAACAGAUUGAAAUUGUCUUGCAAAUGGAGAAAUGUGUCAUAACAGAAAAAGAUAUAUGAUGUAUAGUUACAACAAGAGCAUUAGGUUAUAAGGAAAAAAAAAAGACAUUUAAAACAAUAUUUCCUUUAUAUCA